AUGUAUCUAUCUAUCUAUCUAUCUAUCUAUCUACCUAUCUAUCUAGCUAGCUAUGUAAGACUGUUCAUCUUUAUUCGAGUUUAUCUGUUUGUUCCUUCUCGUAUAUCUAUUCCAGUGAAUAGCGUAGUGGUCUCGUCAUAUCUAUCUAUCUAUCUAUCUUCGUCUGUUCAUAUCUAUCUAUCUAUCUAUCUAUCUAUCUAUCUAUCUUGCUCAUCCUCUCUUGGGUUAACAAGUGCAUUCGUGCCUAUAUUAAUAUCUAUCUAUCUAUCUAUCUAUCUAUCUAUCUAUCUAUCUAUCUAUCUAUCUAUCUAUCUAAGUGUAUUCGGGCCUAUAUUCAUAUCUAUCUAUCUAUCUAUCUAUCUAUCUAUCUAUCUAUCUAUCUAUGUCAGUGUAUUCUUAUCUAUCUAUCUAUCUAUCUAUCUAUCUAUCUAUCUAUCUAUCUAUCUAUCACAUGCAUUCGUGCUUAUCUAUCUAUCUAUCUAUCUAUCUAAGUGUAUUCUUAUCUAUCUAUAUUCUAUCUAUCUAUCUAUCUAUCUAGUCAUUAUCUAUCUAUAUCUAUCUAUCUAUCUAUGUCAGUGUAUCUUCUAUCUAUCUAUCUAUCUAUCUAUCUCUAUCUAUCUAUCUAUCUAUCUAUCUAUCUAUCACAGUGCAUUCGUUUAUUUUGCUUAUAUUAAUAUCUAUCUAUCUAUCUAUCUAUCACAAAAGUCCGUUAGAAUUCGUUUCAACUACAAUCUAUCUAUCUAUCUAUCUAUCUAUCUAUCUAUCUAUCUAUCUAUCUAUCUAUCUAUCAUUAAUGGAUUCCUACAUGAUCUUAUCUUUUAUUUUCUCGAUUCUUUCCUUUAUUCUUUUAUCUUACUUUCCCUCUUUCUUCUCUUUUUCUUCUUUCCUUUAUUUUUACUUCUUCUCUAUUCUAUUAAUCUUCUUCCUUUUCCUCUUCCCCAAUCUCUUAUUUAUGCUUCUUUAAUGUACGCACUCUUUUUUUUCUAUCUCAUUCUCUUUAUCUAUUUUCUUUUCCAUUCUACCCUUUCUAUCUACUUUCUUCUUCUUCUUCUUCUUCUUCUUCUUCUUCUUCUUCUUUAUUCUCUUUUCCUCACCACGUUUCUCUUUCGAAAUACUUCAUCUCUUCUUUCUCUUCAGAUUUUCCUUUUCCUUUAUUUCUUCACUUUCUCACCUUCACCUUCCUCCUCACUUUCCUCCUUCCACAGUGCUGUUAUUAGAGUAAUUCCUGUCGUUGGAGUGGUGCUGGGGGUCCGGCUGCUGCUAUCACACCAUCGCCGACUGAUGGUGUUGCUGGCAAGCUGUGAUAACGUGGCGCCUGCAAACUCCGUUUCUUGCAGAUUAUCCUUCUUAAUCUGCCUCCGAUCUUUGCAUCAAGCCGCCCAAAGCAGACAACGCGUCACGUUCACUGGGUAUUAA